AUGUCUUCUUCUCUUCCUCCACUCAUCUUCUUCACCGUCUUCUUCGCCGUCUACUCUCUUUCUACCGUCGCCGAUCACCAUAAUACCAGAUCGCGUUUCAAGCCUCCCCAUUUCUCCCCUCUCUUCUUCUCUUCUCCGACCCAAAACGUCACAUCACCUACUCGCUACUUCGAGGUCAAAAAGCCUCCCGUUCCCGAUUUUCCGGCAGCUCAACCACCGUGCUCGCAUCGGGUUCUCCACCAUGACUUUGGCUACACCUAUUCUAAACCGCCGGUCCUCGCCAACUACACCGUCCCCUCUCACUGCCCGUCUCUAGAGUUCUCCAAAAUCGUCCUCGAGUUCAAAUCCACCAGCAAAGGAAGACAAUUCGAUCGGAUUUUCGGCGUUUGGCUCGACGGCGUUGAGAUUCUCCGGAGCUGCACCGCCGAGCCUAGGGCAAACGGAAUUGUUUGGUCGGUGGAGAAAGAUGUGACCAGGUAUCACUCUAUGCUCGUCAAGAACCAGACUCAGAUCCUCGCUGUUUAUCUCGGUAAUCUCAUAGAUAAAACCUAUACUGGUGUCUACCAUGUCGAUGUCAUCUUCCAUUUCUAUCCAGUCGAAAGAAACCUGCGAGAUCCUUCUUCUGUAUCAUCUGCUUACAUCUCUCCUCGAGCAGAUACGAUCCUCCCCAUUUCGAGAAACCUCCCGCUAAACGACGGACUGUGGUUCGAAAUCGUGAACUCGGAUGAUUCUAAGUACAAGGAAAUAGAAAUCCCUAGGAAUGUGUAUAGAGCUGUUCUUGAAGUGUACGUUUCUUUCCAUGAGAAUGAUGAGUUUUGGUAUGGAAACCUUCCCAAUGACUUCAUCACUGCCAACAAUCUCAGUGCUGCUGGUAAUGGACCUUUCAGAGAAGUUGUGGUUACCCUCGACGGCAAAAUCGCCGGCGCGGUUUGGCCUUUCCCUGUUGUUUUCACCGGUGGGAUCAAUCCUUUGCUCUGGAGACCGAUCACAGCGAUCGGCUCCUUUGAUUUGCCGAGCUAUGACAUCGAGAUCACGCCUUUCUUGGGAAGCUUGUUGGAUGGAAAGACUCAUAAACUUGGGUUUAGUGUGACUAACGCGUUGAAUGUUUGGCUCGUCGAUGCGAAUUUGCAUCUUUGGUUGGAUCAGGAGAAGGAGAUAGUCGAAGGGGAGGUGUUGGAGAUGAGUAGGAGCUCUCUGAAGAUUACCUCUGUCUCUGACUUCAAAGGCUUGAAUGGAAACUUCACGACGAGAGCUAAGAGGUCGAUACAUUCGACCGGUUUGGUCAAAUCCUCUCAUGGGGACAUCACAACCAGUGCCAAUCAAGAAUUCAGCUAUGGAAACACGAUGGUUUUAGGUAAAGAUGGGAACUUGCAGAUCAUAGAUCAGCUGAUCCAAGCGGAUGACCGUGUUCACGCCAAGAGUGGCUCGAGAGAGAUCUACGCAGCGAAAUCCAUCAAGAGCUUUCCUUUUUCCCUCCACUCUGACUCUUUGGAGCAGCAAGAGAAUAAUAAUACCUCUCUGGAGGUUGCGAAUGUGACGAUGGGAUUCAACGAGGAGAGGUCACAGAGUGACAAUGGAUUGAUGAGAACGUUCAAGAGCAAUCUGGAGAACAAGCAAGAAGGGCAAGGGGUUAUAGUGGUGAAGAAUAACUUGGUGAUCAGUGGGUAUGGAAGCACGCAACAAGUUUAUAACUACGUUGGAAGUGACCAGUGUUACUUCAGGAACAUCAGUAGCUUCAACUACACCAUUCUGUAUGACGAGCUUCAAACUGUUUGCAAGAAGAAAACACUGAAGUUGCCCCCACGGCUUGAGCAUCUAACCAGUCAACCUUUACUGGCUUGA